AUGAGGAGGGGCAGAGGAGCCGCCGCCAGAGCCGCAGCAGCGACGCCGGCAGAACCCACCGGAUCCAGGCCCAAUAUCGCCAACGAGGUCCGGUAUCGGGGGGUCCGCAAAAGACCAUGGGGACGGUUCGCGGCCGAGAUCCGAGACCCGUGGAAGAAGACCCGGGUUUGGCUCGGCACCUUCGACUCGGCUGAAGACGCCGCACGAGCCUACGACGCCGCCGCUCGCAUCCUCCGCGGCCCCAAAGCCAAGACCAACUUCCCGGUCUCAUGUGCUUACCCUCCUCCCUUCUACAACAACCCGACCGACCAGGCCAUUGAGACGAAGCUUUUCGGGUCGGGUUACGGGUUUCAGGACCACCCGGUUGUCGAUCCGCAGAGGCCCACGUCCAGCAGCCUCAGCUCUACCGUCGAGUCGUUUAGUGGGCCCCGGCCGCCGCCUCAGUCUACGACGAUUGCCGCCGAGUCGUCUCGGCGGAAACGACAGCCGAGGACCCCGCCGGUUGUUCCCGAGGACUGCCACAGCGACUGCGACUCGUCGUCUUCAGUUGUGGAGGACGACGGGGAUUUCGCCGCGUCGUCGUCGUUUCGGAAGACCCUGCUGCCCUUCGAUCUCAAUUUCCCGCCGUUGGAUGAGGAGGGGGAGUUGGGCGGUGGGGACGGUCAGGAUCUAAGAUGUACGGCUCUAUGCCUCUGA